AUGACGACCGCUAUCCCCCAGCCCUCACUGCCUCCGACGCAUCCCCUGUCGAUCGAGAUCCAGUCAUUGAAGCAGCAGAUCAGCCAGUACCGCCAGAUCGCGCACCAGAGCUACAUCGAAAUCCAAGGCGUCAGGCUCGAGCUUGAGCUCAAGAAAGAUGAGGUUACCGGUCUGGAGAGGAAGAACGAGGCGUUGAAGCAGGAGGUUGAGACACUCCGCACGACCCCGGAGCCCCCUCAGGCCCCGCCUCCCGCCAACGCCCUCGCCGAGCUGUCUCUGGCACACCGUCGUCUCUCCGCCAAGCUGGACUUUACGGAACAGCAGCUGCGGUCAGUCACGCUCGAGCUGGCAUCAUCGAAGCAGGAGUUGGGUCGUGUGCUUAAGGAGAAGGAACAUGAGAAGGCGCUCCUGAACGAGCUGAGGGUCGGCGAGGAAGACAGGGAAGAGGAGGUCGCUUGGGAGAGGGGAGAACGGAAACGCAUGGAGGAGCAGAAGAAGCUCUGCGCCGUCCCCCCGCCACUGCCCCGAAGGCUUAGCGACAACAUUCUGCAGAAGACUCCGAUCUUGACCGACGCCGAGGACAAGGAGGAGGCUGUGAAGUUGGAGGCGAAGGCCGAGCCCAAGGAGAAUGGCAAGCCGGAGGAGGCUGUCAAGGACGACGACGCGGAGAAGGACAGCAAGAGCGACAAGAGUGCCCCUGCGUCCCCGCCAAAGUCGACUCACAGGUCUUCUGCCUCGAUUUCCUCGAUCACGCAGUCAUCCGACGCCAUCUCCAACCUCCUCAUCGGCCAGCGUGGCGUGGCGCGGCUCUUCAAGGACUUUACGUCUGUCGUUUCCGGCAAGGAUAAGGAAAUUGCCCGUCUUCUGAACCGCGUCGAUGAGCUCGAGGUUGCUCUCGGCGCCUUACGCGAGCAGCUUGAGGCUGAGACUACUGCACUCGUCGAUGCGCAAGCUGAGCGCGACCGCGUCCUUCGUGACGACGCUUCCGCUGCAAAGGUUGUCGAGCGGUACAUGACUUUCAGCCAGAAGGCCCACGAGACUGUGCACUCUCAUCUUGGCCACCUGCGAUCACGCACCUCUGCUACUCAGGCCACCCUCAGGAACGAGGCUGCGGUGCUCCGGCGCCGCAUAGAGGCCGAGGUCGAGAGGUCCAACCGCCUCCGUGCCGCAACGGAGGAAAUGGCCGACGAGCUCGGCAAGGAGUCUGCUGGCCGUAGGCGCGAGGUGGCGAUGCGCCUCCAGCUGAUCGCUGCCGAGGAGACCCGUGCUCGUCGUGCAGAGAGCUGGCUGGACCGCGUGCGUCGCUUCCGUUCAGAAGGAGCCGAGAUCGACAGCAACUUACUCGCUCCUCUGCUCGAUGAAGCUGUCGCAAUUCUCUCACCAGCCGCUCCCGUGGAGCCCAAGGCGGGAGGCAAGUGGAGGGGCAUGUUUGGACGUCGCAAGAGCGUCUCUGCCUCCGUUCCAGCCGCUGCCACUCCCGACGAGGAGAGCCUCGCCCGUAUCUUCCUCGCGGAGGAGCUGGUUCAGCAUCUCGUCAACGAUCUCCAGAUCGAGACGGAGCGCCGCAUGGAAUUGGAGAAGCAGAGAGUCGCUUGGCUCGCUCGUGAGGCCGAGGAAGGUGUCCCUCCGGAAACUGACGAAGACGGGGACAAGGUGGACGACACUGGUAUGCUUUUCUCUGUCGAGAACGAGGACGACAGUGAGGAGGAGUCUGCUUCCGAGGAUGACACUGAACGCCCAGAGGAGAAUGGUGACUUGCCUGAAGACGUCAAGUCUGAAGACAAGGGAGACAAGGAGAUCAAGGAGAAUGGACUGAAGAGCCCGAAGAAGAGCAAGAAAGCCCGCAAGGUGUCCAACGCUGCGGAGUCGACUGCCGGAGACGGAAAUGUCAAGUUACCCGAGCUCAAGGUCACGACGACAAUGGCGGAGAAGGAGCACCUCGACGAACUCCAAGCCAUCUUUGAGCCGCUCGAGCAGCGCUACAUUCCCCUUCAGAAGUCCCUACACGACCAGUCCGUUGCUCUUCAGCACCUGAAGACGUCUGUUCCCGAGCUCGCCCCUAGACGCCCCGGAUUACGCGCCGUCAGCCUCAACCUGAAGGGCCGCUCGGAGCACGACGACCUCAUCUCGCUCCUUGAUGGACUGUACGAGGUCAUCGAGGAUGCCCGCGUCGACACCGAGAUUGCGAUGGCGGACGAGGACCGCGUGUUCCACGGCUUCGCGGCUCUGCUGGACGUCGGCGGCCGCGGUGUCGUGCAGGCCGCCUCGGUCCUGCGCGACGCUCGCUCCUACGCUGCCUCGCGCUCAGGCGACGGCACGACAUACGCCCGCCUCUCUGUUCGCGUGAGCGACAUCGAGCACGACCUCAUGACGAUCAAGCGCGCGAUGCACGAGCACGCGGGCGAGGUCGAGCCCGAAGAGGUCCAACCGCAGGUGAACGGCAUGGCGGCGCUGGGACGACGAAAGCCUUCGCUCUGGCAGUCCCUUCCUCUCAAGACGGUGACGGCGAGCCGCGGGCCCGUCCUUCUUUCCCCGUUGACUGCGCUUCGCAGUGGCAGCCCCGACCUCUCUGGCGACGACCUGAUCCAGCGCCGCAGCGCAUCGAGCCCGAUCGGACUUCUCAGCAGCGUCGGGCGUUCGCUCAGCUCCGGUGUCGGCGCCAUGGGCAACGGCAUCACGGGCGGCGGGCGCAAGGUUUCCGAUCUUGCUGCUGGCGCGCUGUACCUCCCCACACGCAGCCGGCGCAACACGGUUAACAGCCAGACCAGCGAUGCCAAGGACGAGAAGAAGUCUGAGGCAGCUGACGAGGGCACGCCUGCCGAGAACGGGGAGAGGCCUACACCGCCUCCCAAGGAUGAGGAGAAGGAGGAGCCAGAGCGCAAGGGAGAGGUCGACGAUGUGGAGUAG